CGAGCUGAACAGCCCGGUCAUUCCCAUACGACUACGUCUGAGAGGAUGGGCCAAAGCAAGAUCGCAGUCGAAGUGCUCCAUGGCAUUGCGACGAUCACGCUGAAUGAACCGCAACGUCUGAAUGCCCUGUCACCCGAAGACUACGACGACUUCGCCAACUCGCUGAGGGAAAUUGACCAACGGAACGAUGUUGUCGUCACGACUUUGGCAAGUGGAACCAACGUGAAAGCUGGAGUAGCGGCUUCGCAGCCUACAGAGCCUACCUUGCGUGGUCAGCUGCGUGCUCUGGUCAUCUCUGCCAACACGGAUUGCACACACGCUGUAAGAGCUUGCAAAUGUCUCUCUAAAGCUUUUCUAGGCAACUUCGACUUCAUAUACGCAGUUCCUGAGGCAUGGUUAUCCAUGGGUUUGCCGUUUGUAGGUCUUGCUGUGGAAGGCGGGGCAAGUGUGAACUUUGUCAACCGAAUGGGGCUUGCGAAAGCCAACGAGGCCUUGAUCUUCAACAAGAAGAUGACUGCCCAGGAGUUACUUGAAUGCGGUUUCAUAAAUAAAAUUUUUCCUUCAAAGUCUACUGAAACCUUCCAUCUCGCUGUCCGGCAAUACCUACAUAGUGAACUUAAAGGACUGGAUCCAGCAUCCAUACUAGCCGAGAAAAAUAACCCCGACGCUCUCAACCUUCGUGAGAGCUACGCACAAGCAGAGAGGUUUAGAAGCGGCGUACCCUCUAUUCGGUUCGGGAUGCUUGCACGGAAGGAAAUCAGACAUAAGCUGUAGCCCUUGUUUACCAAUAUACAACUAUCCCCAUCAUGCAGUCAUGGUUGACCUCAUGGUAGUGUCAUGCAUUCUGGUCGGGAUCACAAUCUCCGCUUGGAGCAGCCACACAGUUUUGUUGGGGUGUGAUUAGUGUGGUAGAGAAAGGGCAACUUGGAUUUUUUGG